AUGCGAGGCCAAGUAUACCCUGAUAGAAUUCACUUGUUAUGCUCUAACUUGGAUUGCUCAGAAGCUAAGGAUUACAUGUCAGCGUACACCACACAUCUGAAAUCUAGGCUCGAUCCGCUCAAGUACAUUUUUCAGAAGCCAAUGCAUACGGGAAAGCUAACUAAAUGGAAAAUUCUCCUCAGCGAAUUUGACAUUGUGUACAUAACUCAGAAGGCUAUCAAAGGACAAGCUUUAGCUGACUACCUUAUCGAGAAUCCAGCAGAUGGGGAUUACGAACCGCUUACCACGUAUUUCCCCGAUGAAGAUCAUUACUCAGCAUCGGCGAAGAUAAGAUCCCCUUGCACCAAUAAUAUGGCUGAAUACGAAGCGUGCAUCCUUGGAAUCAAAAUGGCAGUCGACAUGAACAUCAAAGAGCUUUUGGCCAUAAGAGAUUCCGAUUUGCUGAUACACCAAGUCCAAGGGGAAUGGAUUCAAAACGAGUUCGUCAACGCCCUUGCAACCCUAUCAUCUAUGAUUCAGUAUCCAGACAAGAAUUACAUCGACCCUAUUGAGGUAGAGAUCAGGUAUCAACAUGCCUAUUGCUUCCAUGUAGUUGAAGAACUAGAUGGUAAACCAUGGUAUCACGACAUCAAGAGAUUCCUUGCGACUAGAGAGUACCCAGAGAAUGCUACUAAUGGUCAAAAUAGGGCACUCAGGAGGCUAGCAAACCAUUUUCUCCUCAACGAGGAAGUCUUGUACAGGAGGACCCCAGACUUAGGUUUGUUGAGAUGUGUAGACGCCGCCGAAGAAACCAGAUUACUAGAGGAAAUAUAUGCAGGGACAUGCGGACCCCACAUAAAAGGGUUCACAUUAGCCAAGAAGAUUUUGAGAGCUGGAUAUUUUUGGAUGAUUAUGGAAAGCGACAACAUCCGCUACAUGCAGAAGUGUUACCAGUGCCAGAUUCACGGGGAUUUCAUCCGGGUUCCACCAAAUGAGCUAAAUGUAGUGGGUUCACCUUGGUCGGUCGCCGCUUGGGGUAUGGACAUAAUUGCGCCUAUAGAGCCUGCAGCAUCAAACGGACAUCAUUUUAUUUUGGUAGUUAUCGACUACUUCACCAAAUGGGUCGAGCGACCUCAUGAGAGAAAUCUGCGAGAAGUUCAGAAUCGUCACCACAAUUCCACAGCCUACAGAUCACAAAUGAAUGGGGCAGUCGGGGCCGCCAAUAAGAAUGUUAAGAGGAUUCUGAAAAAGAUAGUGGACAAUCAGAGAUAA